UGUCGAGCCGACGCCGCUAACCAUGGCACACAAGGAACUGGAGUACGCCGAGCCGAGAGAGAUGGAGGAGGGCAGCUCGCGCCGCCGUCGGCCCCAGUCGGAGGUGGUCAUGGGCAGCAACACCGCCGACUCAUCCCUCGACUGUUUCUCGGCUCUGAUCAUCGGCCUCUCGUACCUGCUGUUCAUCGUCACGUCGCCGCUGACCGUGUGGAUGUGCAUCAAGAUCGUGCAGGAGUACGAGCGGGCGGUGAUCUUCCGGCUGGGCCGGCUGCGGAGCGGCGGCGCCGUCGGCCCCGGCUGGUUCUUCGUGCUGCCCUGCAUUGACACGUACGCCAAGGUGGACCUGCGCAGCGUGUCGUUCGACGUGCCGCCGCAGGAGAUCCUCACCAAGGACUCGGUCACCGUGGCCGUGGACGCCGUCGUCUACUACCGCGUCUCCAACCCGGCCGUGUCCGUUACCAAUGUGGAGAACUACUCGCGCAACACGCAGCUGCUGGCCGCCACCACGCUGCGUAACGCACUCGGCACGCGCACACUGGCCGAGAUCUUGUGCGAGCGCGAAGAGAUCUCGCUGCACAUGCAGGAGACCCUGGACGACGCUACCGAUCCGUGGGGCGUCAGGGUGGAGCGGGUGGAGAUCAAGGACGUGCGCCUGCCGAUGCAGCUGCAGCGCGCCAUGGCAGCAGAGGCCGAGGCCAGUCGCGAGGCCAAGGCCAAGGUGAUCGCCGCCGAGGGCGAGAUGCGCGCCUCGCGCUCUCUGAAGGAGGCGGCUGACGUCAUCAAUGAGAGUCCAGCUGCGCUGCAGCUGCGGUACCUGCAGACACUGAACACCAUCUCGGCCGAGAAGAAUUCCACUAUCGUUUUUCCCCUGCCGAUGGACAUACUGGGGCCGCUGAUGACGAGCAAGUAGCGCGCAGGCGGUGACUCCGGUGAUGAUCGUUGCCUGAACUCGUUAGGGGGCGGCCGUGGCCAGCGUGACACCAACGCCCCUGGCGGCAGCGUUUGAACUACUGCCGCAGUAGAUGACGGCAAGCUUCGGGGCCUAAUUUUGUAAACCCGGACGAUUGCUUUAGACAGCGUAAAUACAACUGAAAACCCGU